AUGAAGACGAAAGCCAUCGCACAAGAACGAGUGCAGAUGGCUGAAAAAGUCUCCGAAUUAACUCACCAAGGCCCUGAAGAUUUAGUGCUCAACCUCGCACAGCUCACCAAUGCCCUAAUUCUCCAAGUCUUCAAACCUCACGAGCGAUAUCCUGCUCUGGCACAUUAUGAACUCAUUGAGCAUGCGGUGGCCAAUCAGACGCACCUGAAUGCAGAAGUCGAGCAGCGCAAAGCAGAGGCCCUUCAACGCAAGGAGGACAAUCAGCAAAAAAGAGAGGAGAAGAAGUGUAAAUGA